CGAAAAACCUGAUCUAUUUACUAAUAUUGGUGAAGAAACAACUGAACGUUUUGAUCAUAUAAUUGCAACAGUAGAAUAUCAAGCAGUACAAAUUGAUCUAUUAGAAACUGAACGUGAGCAAUUAGAAAAACAAUUACGAAAUAAAAUUCAAGAACUUCAAAAUUCUUUUGAUGCAUAUCGUAACCAAAUGCAAAAUGAGAGUUCAAUAAAAUCUCAACAACUUGUUAGCACAACUCCACCAACUGAUGAUAUCAGUCGAUCAAAUAUUGAAAAUUAUGAAAAACAAAUUCAUCAACUUCAACAAAAACUUUCACAAAAUGAUGAUGAACGAACUUUACUUCGUGAACGUCUUAAUGAAGUUGAACUUGAAUUUCGAAAAACAUUAGAUGAUCGUGCAACAACAACAAAUAUGUAUGAAGAACAAUUACAAUCACUUAUACAAGAACGAGAUGCACUUGUUCAACAACAUGUACUUGAACUUAUUGAAAAUCAACAUGAAAUUGAAAAAUUACAAGAAAAAUUAGCUCAAUUCCAACGAUCACCAAUUCCUUCACAUGCCGAUAUUCCUUCAAAUGAAGAUGUUCAAUCAUUACAAAAAAUAAUUGAACAACAAUCCGAAGAAUUAAAAGAUCUUACUGAAAAAUAUCUUGUAAUUUCAUCUCAACUUGAAUUACAAGAUGAAAUUAAUAGACAAAAAAAAGAUACUGAAGAAAAAUUACAAACAUAUGAAAAUCAAAUUCAACAUCUUAUUCAUCAACAUGAAAAUCUUGUUGAAGAACUAAAAACGAAAACAUCAUCUACUAUUUCAACAAUUGAUAAUCAAUGUCAAACAGACGAUCAACAACAUGAUAAAUUAACACAAAUAAAUAUUAAAUUAAAACGUGUUUUACAAACAUUUAAAGAUAAAAUUCAUCGAAUUGUUACAGAAAGACCUGAAUUAUUUAUUAAUAUUAGUGAAGAUACAAGUGAUCGCCUUGAUCAUUUAAUUUCUACAGUUCAACAUCAAGCAACACAAAUUAAUCUAUUGCAAACUGAUCAUACAUCAACAUUAGCUAUGCAAGAAGAACAAUUACAAACACUUAUACAAGAACGUAAUGCACUUGUCGAACAACAAAGACUUCAAUCAAUUGAUAAACAACAAGAAUCAACUGAAUUGAAGCAACCAUUGAGUACUCAACAUGAUGAAGACGAAAGUAAUCAAUCAUUGAAAGAAAUUAUUAAACAACAAAGUGAACAAUUGAAAGAUCUCAACGAAAAAUAUAUUAGUCUUUCGUCUAAAUUUGAUUCUAACAUUAAUUUAGAAUUAGAAUUUCAAAGAGAAAAAGAAAAAAUGGAAGAACGAUUAAUCAAUUAUGAAAAUCAAAUAGAAAAUCUCAUUUAUGAACGUACAAAUUUUUUAGAAGAAAUAGAAAAAAAUAAAUCAUCAUCUAUUCAAACAUUUGAUAAUGAAAAACAAACAGAUGAUAAAUUAUUGAAAGUUAACAGUAAACUCAAACGUGUAUUACAAACAUUUAAAGAUAAAAUUCAUCGAAUAGUAACCGAAAAACCUGAUCUAUUUACUAAUGUUGGUGAAGAAACAACUGAACGUUUUGAUCAUAUAAUUGCAACAGUAGAAUAUCAAGCAGUACAAAUUGAUCUAUUAGAAACUGAACGUGAGCAAUUAGAA